GGGAUAUUUAAGAUCAAAGGCCGACAAAUAAAUUCAAUUAAAUUGUCGACAAUCGCGGUGCAAUCAACCGAAUUCAAUUUUCUAAAACGAAAAGAAAUUUAAUUUGUCUUUGAUUCAUCGCGUUUUAUUAUUUAUAAUUCAUUGAAAUUAUGGAAAUAAAAAACGUUUUAGUGGCCGAUGCUGUAGAUGCGGCUUGCGUUGAUCUUUUGAAAAAACACUCAAUAAACGUAACUUGUAAAUAUAAGUUGCCAAAGAACGAGUUGAUCUCUGAAAUUAAGAACUAUGAUGCGUUGAUUGUGCGAUCAGACACCAAAGUCACAGCAGAUGUCAUCGAAGCUGGCAAAAAUCUCAAAGUGAUUGGAAGAGCAGGUGCAGGAGUAGAUAACAUUGAUAUUAACGCCGCAACUGCCAAAAAUAUCCUUGUAUUAAACACUCCCGGAGGCAAUGCCAUUAGUGCCUGCGAAUUGACGUGCUCGCUUAUCACAACCUUAGCCAGAAACGUAGUGCCAGCUGCAGCUUCAUUGAAAGCAGGAAGGUGGGACAGAAAGCUCUACUCAGGACACGAGCUGUAUGGAAAGACUUUGGGGAUUUUAGGAUUAGGCAGAAUUGGAAGGGAAGUUGCUCUUAGAAUGCAAGCAUGGGGAAUGAGAACAAUUGGAUACGAUCCUAUAGUAACAGCUGAAGAGGCAAGAAAAUUUAACGUGGAAUCUUUACAAUUCGAGGAAAUUUGGCCGCAAGUAGAUUACCUUACUAUUCACACUCCUCUUAUACCAGCUACAAGAAAUCUCAUCAGCGAACCAGUAUUCAACAAACUCAAAAAAGGGGCAAAAAUCGUCAACGUAGCCCGGGGAGGAAUAAUUAAUGAAGCAGAUCUUUUGAAAGCCCUACAGUCAGGACAAUGCGGUGGGGCGGCCAUAGACGUUUUCGAAGAAGAACCUCCAAAAAAAUCUAUAACUUUAGAAUUGAUACAACAUGAGAAAGUUGUGGCUACACCACAUUUAGGAGCGAGUACGACGGAGGCUCAAAUAAGGGUCGCAGUUGAAAUAUCUGAGCAGAUUAUUGCUCUUACAGGAAAAAGUAAAGAGUAUACCAGCGUUCAAGGUGUUGUUAAUCACAGUGUACUGGAAAAAGUCCGAAAAUGAGAUUAUAUAUUUUUGUUAUAAAAUAAUUAAUAAAGUAUUUCUAUAUUUAGCAUAGCUAUUAUUCCAUGAAUCAAUAGUAUUUAGAGUAAUAAACGAUAAACGACCAAGGAAAGACUGACUUUUAUAAUUGUAUCAAAGAAACUGAUUGAACUUUUAUUAAUAAUUAAAAUAUUUCAAUUUGUGAAGAGUUUUAAAUAUUUACUAAAAUAUUACAUGAAGCAAUGUAAAGCUAACAAGAUUUAAAAAAUAUGAAAAUUAUCUUUACAACUACUAAGUAAAAUAUGCCAUGCAUCUAAUUGUCCAUUGUUAUUAACUAAUAGGGAAAAUCUCAAAAUUCAAUAUAAAAGUGGGUUAAAAAGUGCUAAAUAGGAACAUUAUCAUUGAAAAGGGAAAUCCAAAUGAUAACAAUGCAAAAACAUUCUGGAAUAUAAUAAAUGAAAACUAGGUAUUAAAAAUAUUGAUGCUAAUCAGUCUUAAAUUAAACAAUUUAGAUCAUAGGUGAUUAUAAUUGAUUUAUUGUAAUUAUUUAAAAAUCACCAGCAUUGUAAGAUUUCAGAGAUUUUACACAUUAUAUUUUUUAUUUUGUUUUCGAAAAUAAAUACAAAUGAAUUGUUAUUUAUUGACAAGAUCAAAUGGAGAUUUUGAUUGUCUGCAAAAUUAAAAUAUUGUUUUAUAUAACAUGUCUGUGUGGUCAAGUUUUAUUAGUUGUUUGAUCAUAAGCCAGCUUUGUUGGGGUCCCUGUGCAUUACAAUAACUAACUUGCCUGGUCAUAUAUACAUACUAAUUUAUUUGUACAUUUACAUUUUGUCUAAGUUUAUAAUUGCUGAAAUAGUGAUAAAAUUUUUCUAUUAUUACCAAACUCUUUGGUGAGAACCAUUAGUAUCCACCUAAUCUUUAGUUAAACAAUUUAGUUUAUAAUAAAUUCUUUGUCAUUAAUUAUAAAAGUUUUACUGGUUUAUCUGAAAACUUAAUUUUUUUGAGUUGUGCCACUGUGUAGCCCAAGAGGGAAAUAUAUUUGGUUAAAAAAAAGACUGUUUUCCAUUCUUUUCUACAACUCAAUAAAGAACGUUUUUUAUUAUUAUUUAUACAUUCUUAUAUAUUAAAUUGAUUUAGAUGUUAAUUAUUUACAUGUUGGGUCUACUAAAAAUAUAAAUCAUUCUGUGGUUCUAAUCCCAGUUAUAAACAUUUCCAGGAGUAAUUCUUUUACAAGGAUCUAAUUUUUCGCCACCUUCAAUUUGCUUUGGUUUUGGUGCUAUCACCUCUGGUGGACUUACUUCACGUCUUGCAUCUCUCGAAUAAUAAUAAUUCGAUGCUAAUUUAUGUGCGGGGCCGUCUGGUAGUACAGGUGGGGGUGGAGAUCUAGUAGCUAUAGUAUCUUGAAACCUAAAAAUAAAAAAUAGGUGCAAUACUGCUUGAAAAACUAAAACACUCACUUACCUAAGUGCUAAGGUAUGUUUUCGACCUAGAAGAAAAUCGCGGACCCUCUGAAGGAAAGGAUUUACAUCAUGCAUCCGAAUUUUCGGUGCUUUGGGCAUUUUUAUUUACGUUUAUGUAAUAAAGGGUGAGAGUAUUGUUGACAAUUUUGUUACGAAACAAUUUGGAAUUGACAAUUUUAAUUUAGGUUAUGUUGAAAAUUGACAGCGUUGAUAAAGUACGUUUUG